ACUUAUUUAGACGGCACGGCAUUUAGCCGCGUUCGCUAAAACGUAUUACUUUAAGACCGAUUUAGAGAAAUAUUAGUUUGCAUUUAGGAAAGUAGAAUAACACAUGCUGGACAGUUUUGGUUCGUCGCUGAAGAGAGAGUCCUGGAAGUGAACCCGGUUCAGCUGUCGAGUCAUUCAAAUGCGCUUUGUGGCGAAUGUCGGACACUGUCAUUUUGGCUAAGCUGGAGAGUGGAGUUGGGCUGCUCCCAGCGUCCAGCUGUCAGACCUGCCAAGAUGGGGAGACGGAUUUAGAGAAAGUGGCAAACAUGGACUCUAAAUCUGCCAAGAGGACAUGUGCUGUUCCGAUCCACCUCCGUCCAGACUUGUUGGUUUCCUGUGCUGAUCUGGUCAACUCUGAGUGGCAGAGGAGCCAAGCUGCUCGUGUCCACUCCCUGCAGAAGUCCAGCGCAGACUUCCCCGUGAGUCUGGUUCUCUUGGAAGGUCUGAAAGAGUCGGAGCGUCUGUUGGGACACGCCCGUCUUUCCCGGGUGGUGGGUCACAGCAGCAGCCUGUUUGUCGAGUCUGUGGUCGUGUCAAAGGCAGAGAGAGGGCGAGGCUUUGGCCGGACGCUGAUGGAGGAGACUGAACGAUACGCCAGACGAAGAGGCUUUCAGCGCUUGUUCCUCACCACGCACGAUAAGCAGCAUUUCUACGCCCACCUUGGCUACAAUCUGUCAACUCCAGUGCAGAAUGCUGGCGCCAUGACGACAUUUGUUCCCAUGGAAAUGCUCAUGCGGUUCUGUCGGACGUCUAACAGCAGUCAAAUGAGCUCCAGAGCUCAGCCGAAGGAUGGCAGGCAAAACUCAACAGGUGUAUGUGAUGCUGAGUCAGUAUCACCUGCGUCCAUCUCACCCCCUCCACCACCUCUGCCUCCUUGUCCCUUCAACAAAACCACAAAUCUUUCUUCUACCAUCCAUCCUCCUCCACCACCCCCACCCCUCCCACCUCCGAACCAUGUACUACCUCAGAGUCAGCCUACCUCAACCCCUUCUCCUCAGUCUACUGAACAAGUUGUUCAAACUCUCAGUGAAACUCCCUACAGAGACGCCAAAGGAGUUCCCAUCUUCUGGAUGACCAAAGACAUCUGAAUAACCAGAGGAAUGUAGGAAACAAAAAAGGAAGAGAAACCCUCAGGUGAUUAUUGAAUGCUGUUUAACUGAAGACGGUUGUUCAUUUUAAUACAUAAAUAAAA